AUGGGAUCCUUCGAUUGUUACUGCAUCUUAUGCUCUAUCUGCAUGAACAUUGGCGCCAUCAGGAUUGGAUCGAGAAAUGGCAAGUCUUUGCGCAAGCGAGAUCGCGCAAUGGAUAUAAGAAUGGGGAGACGUACUGGGAAGAAGGUGGGACGCGGGAUUGUCUACAGUGACGAUGAGGACGAAGAGAUGGAGGACGCGAUCGACCCGGAGGUCGUUGAGAACCAACGCAUCGAACAGCAAGAACAGGAGAAAGACGAUGCAGAUCCGGAUUACGAAUAUUCCUCGGAUUCUUCUUUCGAAGGCACACAAUCGAUUGAUAGCAACGACUCCGACUUACUUACGAGAUCAUCCGAGAUUCUUGACGUCGCUCUUCGACCCCGUACCCCCGAGCCUGAGCCUGUGGAAGAAGUCGAUGAUGGAAGCUGGUCGCAAGAUCCCGAGUUGGACAUUAGCGAAGAGUGGGGUCUUGAAAAUUAUGCCAGCACCGAGAACACUGAGGACAACAGUUUUGAUCCUAGACUCAUCGGACUCGACGACGUCAAAUGGAUUAAUCGGGUCCGCGCACUGGCACUCAAUCCCGAGCGGAAAGCCUACAUAUCCGGUAGAGGCCGCUACUACGACUAUGGCUCUCUAGAUAUCGAAGGGCCUGGAAGAGAUCCCAAUGAUCCGGGCGAAGGUUCUUUGAACAUCACGAGCUACGCGAGUGGGGACGAACCACAAGCUUUUCCAUUCCACGAGGCAUGCUUCGACAUUCUCGCAAAGAGCAUAGGACUUGAGAGCAGAGAUAUUAAUAAGCAUGUGAUGUUGAGAACGUUUAGCGCUCUUCUUGCAAACGAAAGACCAGUUUUGGAUGUGGACUAUCAGGUCUUUUCGGGCAACGAGCAAUUUUGGCAUAAUGGAGCGGGAUCGGAGUAUGAAGUGUGCGAUCCUUCCCCCCGACCUGCUCUCCAAGAAAGUAUACAAGACAUCCUACCCGCCAACAUUUUCGGUGGGAGUCCGCAGUUGGCAAAUCUAGCGCACAAGGUGCGAACGGAUCCAAUUGCAGUCCUCCCGUACGACCUGCUUCUCGAAAUCCUUGGAUAUGUUAACUCCAAAGACAUGCUUUCGCUCAUGCAAGCUUCGCAUCACGUCAACAGCGUCACUCGCGAAGCCGCAUUCUGGAAACAUAUGGUACGCAUGCGUGUAUUGCCAUGGUUCUACGAGUUGCGUUACUUCGUGGAGACUGCGACCACCGAUGCGCUCGACUACAAAGGUCUUUUUCUCUGGGUGGAUUCAUCGACUCGUCCCAGGUUCGGCAUCCAGGGACCCCUCAUGCACAUAGCAAAUCGACGCCGGAUCUGGGGCUGCUGCCAGCCAGUAGCCUCGCUCUACAAGAAAGCAACUGGGCCGGUCGAGCCCGCUGAGCCGGCAGACUCGGACGAAGCAAAGGCGAUUCUAGACAGCUCCGCAUGCUUGCACAUGCCCAUGACCAUGUAUCCCCCGCCAGCUCAGACCGAGACCUUUUCGGCACAGUUUAUUCACUCUUGGAAUGAGAUUACUCAUCGUGCUUGCGUUUUGGACACCUACUGGCGCCAGAUUAACAACAGCCACGACUACUUAGUGGGCAUCUCCGUCACCUUGGGUGACCAAACAAGACUUUUUGGCAGCUCUGAUGGAUUUACUGGACUUCCGUUUCAUCUUGAUCGUGGGGAGUGGAUCAAGGAGAUCGUCUGCUGUAUCGAAGAUAUUGUGAAUCAGACCGGGCCUCAUGGGAAGCCUGAGGAUCCUUGGCCAUCCAAGACUGCUAUGAUCAGCGGUAUCUCUCCGCGAUACACAUCCGUUCAGCAGAUGGCAUGGGGAAAGCUUGGAUCAUCGCUACCCUACGACCGUAUUGGUCAAAGGUAUCCUCAACAGGCUUCAGUCUGGGCGCAUCCUACGAUCCAUUUCGAGUCCUUCCCCACUCCCAUUCACCCCAUACCAUACGAACUCCCCGAGGAUAUGAUGCCCAACGAUGUGUUCAUGUGGAGCAAGAAAAACACAGGUAUUGAAUGCUUUCAGCCCGUUGCAACGAGUAUCUCCAUGCCUCACGAUUCGACCGAAGAAUCCAUGCAAUCGACCAGCGCAAGCUCCGCAACGACCGCUCUACCCAGCUCUCUUCCUGCAACCAACACGUCGCCACCGUCCUACCAACUCCACACCGGUAUCGAUAUCGUCGGCAUCAACCCCGGCCCGCACGACAUGUGGGGUAAUCGCGGCCGCAGCGUCGGCUCUCGCGGACCCGUCCUAUGUCAAUCCCCCAAAUGGGCGCACGACAUGACUGAGCCUCUCCAAGAAUCCCUCAAAGCCGCAUGGCAAGAUAUGAAUAAGAUAGGCGGCGGUCCACACCCUUACCAACUACAAAACACCGUCACAUUCCCACUGAACCAGGAAGACAUCACUGAAGUCCACGUCGAGCAGCAGUACCGCGCUCUGAAACUCGUUACGCAGAGUGGUCGGGUUGGCUACUUCGGGGAGCCGGAUAUGCGCGAUUGGUUCGUGAGGAAGGCGGUGGGUGGAGAGCGGAUCGUGGGAAUCAGUGCGUGUUUUGGGGCGUUGGGGGGUUGGAGUGAGUCGGCGAGGAUGUGGGGUCAUCUGAAGUUGAGUCGGGUGGGGGUGGUGUUUGAGAGGGUUGAUGGGGAGGGGAGGGUGAUUGGUAAGGAGGAAGAGAAGGAGAUGAGGGAGAAGGGUGUGGUGUUUGAGGAGGGCUCUUAUCACAACAUCUCCGGACCGGCACGGAAACAACUUACAAUCUGCCAACUCCUCACCGUUCAGUACCUCAAGCCAAUUGAGAACGUCGCGGACCUGAAGAUCAAUGUUGUCGCGUCCACGAUGAUGCGUCGUUCCCCACGCGCGAUAAGGUUCGUGCUUGAGGCCGGAAUGAGCUCGUCGUGGUUGCCGCUCGACGACAACGACGCGAUGCACGACCCGCUUGAGGAGCUGCGCAACCCGCGUCAGGCCAAAGAUGACUUUUUGAAGUAUUUGAAAGAGGAGGUGCUGAAGUUGAACUUUUAUCGCGCGCAUAUGCUGUAUUUUGUCGUCGUUAUUGCGAUCUCCUCGGUUAUUGUUUACGGGCAGGGUCUUGCUGAUGGACCCAAAGAGUAUGGAGAUGCGCAUGUGACGUACACUGACGCGCUGUUCUUGUGCACCAGUGCUAUGACAACUACAGGGCUCAAUUCGGUAGACCUCGGAGAUAUGUCCGGCUUCCAGCAAGCGACCUUCGCCGUGCUGCUAAUGAUCGGCAACAUACCAUUUGUAUCGACAGCUGUGGUACUCAUCAGAAGAGCACUAUUCCGGAAAAAGAUGGCAGAUGUCGUCAAACAUUCACACACAAUGCAAAGACUCGUACAAGAUAUCGAAAACAGCCAUUCAGAUCAAAACGAAAGCAGCAGCAGUACCGGAAGCUUGCGCCAGCGACCGAAUGCAAAACAAGGCCAGACAGGAAAGAAAGCAGCAGAAGAAAACGAGGAGCCGCAGCAAGCAAAGAUGUAUCCCAAGUCUAGAAGACGCACAUAUCACUACGAGACUGGAUUCGGCUUCAUACCAACACCCUGGGAAAUGAAGUCCGCGCGCAACUUUUUCAGCCGCAUGCUGGACCGCUUUUCGACAGAGUUGAAACCCGAGAAACACGACUACGUCUCCUUCAAACCGCAUCUCGACUCCAAGGGUCGGUUCCGCGAGCUCAGUGAGCGAGAUCGCAUGGAACUUGGGGGUGUGGAAUAUCGUGCACUCCAAGCUCUGUUGCUUAUCCUGGUGGGCUAUCAGAUCUUCUGGUAUCUGCUUGGUAUCACUUUCCUGAUACCGUACGCAUAUCGCGACGAUACCAAGAACACAUUGUAUCAAGAGCAGCCCGGUGCUAUCAACCCAGGAUGGUGGGCAUAUUUUGCGACGGUGACGGAAUUCUCCAAUGGUGGACUCAACGUACUCAACGCUAAUUUCGUUCCCUUCAGUGGUAAUGCGUAUGUUCUACUUGUGGCUGCUUGUUUGGCUUUCGCUGGUCAGACGCAGUUCCCGAUUCUACUCCGCAUCACGAUAUGGGUAUUAAAGAAGAUACUGCCAAAAGAGUCUCGUAUCAGGAAUACGAUGCAAUUCCUUCUACAGCAUCCGCGACGUUGUUUCAUAUACCUUUUCCCCAAGCGCGAGACAGUAUACCUCUUUCUUGUUCAGCUCGGCAUCGAUAUCACUGCCUGGCUUUGCUUCGAGAUAUUGAACAUCGGCAUGCCAGAUGUCGAAGCUCUAUCCACUGGCGCUAGAGUAGUAGACGGACUCUUCAUGGCCAGCGGACUACGUACUAGCGGCGCAUACAUCAUCAACAUGAGUUCGUUGGCACCUGCAUGCUUGGUGGCUUAUCUGGUCAUCAUGUACAUCUCCAUCUAUCCCAUGACGUUGGUACUGCGGAAGACGAACACGUACGAGGAGAAAUCGAUCGGACUGGAAGAGAAUGACAGCAGUGCUGCUGGCGUAGCAUCACACUUGCAAAAGCAGCUCGCCUACGACAUCUGGUUCCAGUUCUUUGUCUUCUUUCUCAUAUGUAUCAUUGAGCGAGGUCACAUUCUCAACGCAUCGCCAGGAUUCAGCGUCUUCUCGAUAUUAUUCGAAGUCACAUCGGCAUAUGGCACUGUCGGCUUGAGCCUCGGUGUACCGGGCAAGAAUACCAGCCUGUGUGGCGACUUUGCAAGCUUAAGCAAAGUCGUUCUGAUGGCUGCGAUGCUACGAGGUAGACAUCGUGGACUACCUUUAGCGAUCGACAGAAGCAUUCUUCUACCUGGCGAAGAGCUCAUGCAUCGUAUGGAUCAAGAGUACAGCUCGAGGGGCACAGAGAACCCACAAGAAGAGGCAGAGCUAAGAGAUGACAUUGAAUCAAGUGGCGAGCAACAAAAGAAUGGUGGAAAGGGCGACCAAGACCCAGAGGACAGGAGAGGGUCGCAACCAGACAACGAGGCUGGUCAGGAAGGGGCGGGAGAGACAGUCGCAGAGUCCAACCCCUGA